CUGUCUCGCACCUCGAACCUCAAACACUCAUGAGCCAUGGCGGUGGAGAAUUUGGCUUCAAAUUCAAUGGCGAAUAUUUCUUGGCUUCACGGCCUGCUAUGGUGGAGAAACUGGGGCAAAAGAGACUGGGCAAUAUCAGCCAUCGGAUUUGCCGUCUUUGUCUUCGCUCUCGCUUUCGUCUCCUACUCUUGGAACUCUGAUCCAGACUCCAACCUCAGCUCCACAUUCCAUCGAAUCACCGCCACCGAUUUGGUCGACUUGACCUUGUUGCACAACGCCACACGUAGAGGCGCAGUUUGCUUAGAUGGGAGUUUGCCUGGCUACCAUUUUCAAAGGGGCUUUGGUUCUGGCGCCAAUAGUUGGGUGCUUUACAUUGAGGGUGGAGGUUGGUGCAAUACAAUAGAAUCGUGUUUUUGGCGUAAAGAGAUCCAUUUAGGGUCUUCCAAACAUAUGGGACAUCGAGUUCACUUUACUGGGAUUUUAAGCCCUCACCAAACACAAAAUCCUGAAUUCUUUAACUGGAACAGAGUCAAAGUGCAGUAUUGUGAUGGUGCAUCUCUAGCCGGCCACCCGGAUAAUGAGUUGAGGAAUGGAGCACGCCUUUUCUUUAGGGGCCAGCUCAUCUGGGAAGCACUUAUGGAUAAGUUCUUCUCACUUGGCCUGUCGGAAGCGAAACAGGCCCUUCUUGCGGGAUGCUCCGCUGGUGGAUUGGCGGCUCUUAUACAUUGUGAUGAAUUUCGUGGUCUUCUGCCUAAGAAUGUAACUGUCAAAUGUCUUGCUGAUGCAGGUUUUUUUCUUGAUGAGAAAGAUGUUAUCGAAAAUCCCACCAUGAGAUAUUUCUUUCACGAUGUUUUCAUCCUUCACGGUUUAAGAAAAAGUUUACACAAGGAUUGUAUUGCAAGAAAGGAACCAGCUGAGUGUCUCUUUCCUAAAGAAAUUAUUAAAAACAUUGCCACCCCGGUGUUCCUCCUCCACUCAGCUUAUGAUUUUUGGCAGAUACAAAAUAUCUUGAUACCUGAAGGAUCAGAUCCGUAUCACUACUGGCAAAAGUGCAGACUGGACAUUCAUAAUUGCAAUGCUACCCAGGUUGAAAUACUGCAAGGUUACCGCAGAUCUCUUUUGAAGGCGCUAAAAGAAUUCCAGAAAAAUAAGGAAGGAGGAAUGUUUAUAAGUUCAUGCUUUAUUCAUUGCCAGGCAUGGAUGACUGAGACAUGGCAUGCUCCUACUUCUCCACGAAUAAACAAUAAGGUGAGGA